AUGUUCUGUCCGUUGUAUUCGAUUGUCAUGGUAUCUGUCUUGUUGACAACCGAGUCCGGCGUGCUGGUCAUCGACGCCAGCGGGGUCUCGGUAUUCACGGACCGCGAAGUCAAUGUCGUGGUCGUCGUGAUGUAUGAGCCCGUGUCCGUCGGAACCGAGGCAGAUGCCGCUUCCGAGGGUCCUAUGGUGGUAGUGGUAGCCACAGUUGCGGAAGUGGAAAUGUACACCCACGGCUGGUAG